AUUAUCACUGUUUUCAGCGCCAGAGAAGCAGUAAGGACAGAGCUUAAUCUUCACACCCUUCACAUCGCAUCUGUCUGACCCUCCUUCCCACUCAGAAGAGAAACUCAAAGGUACCUGCAAAGGGCUUAUUUUAGGGGAGGGGAGCCAUCUGGGGUAGUAAUUUCUAGUUAUUUCUAGAAAUGAAAUUAUUUUAUUCUACAAAUAAAACAAAAAAUGAUUUCUAGAAAUAAAAUAAAAUCAAUUCGUUAUUUUAAGAGUAAGAACCUAAUCGGCAGGGAAAACAGAAUCUAACCUUUUGUUAUCCCUAAGACGCAUCACACCUCUCCCUUUCCUUCGUUCCCCUCGACUCCAAAUCAUUUCUAAACUUCGGUGUGACAGAUAUAGAUUCUAUAAUGAGGUCUACCUGGCUUUAGGGGUGGGGAAAUCUGUCCUGUCCGCUCUCUCUUAGUCUGGCCCGGUCCACUCUUCAGUUCUUCACAUCAGUUUGCAAUUCUUGAAAAAAAAGGGAAAAAAAGUCCUCAAAAUCCACCAGCAUUUUAGUUUGAAUUGCUUCUAAUACGCACAUUUAUCUAUGCAGUUUUGCAUAAUAGACACACUCUUUGCACAGUGUUAUUUUCUGUAAUGCAUUUUCCCCAAAGUAAUCCAUUUCUAGGCAUACUUUGCUCAAGUCUAUGCAAUUUUGCACACAACACUCAGCUGAAGAGCGACACUGCAAAAUUCAGAAAAGUGCAAAUUCCCAAAAUAUGUCUGUGUUUUGGUUCAUGAAUUGUUUCAGAAAGUGCAGAUCAGGGAGCUCACAUGAGAACUGAAUCCACUUUGCCCUCUCCCAUCCCUACCUCAAGCCAGGCAAAACCAUAUUUCUUCUCCCAUGCAUUUGACGGAGUCGGAUAAUCUUACUGUCAUUUGUUUCUGCUCUGCUGCUGAAGUUCUUGCAGUUUUUUUAAAGGUUAUCGUGUGGAUUUCGUUGCAAUGCAUUGUGCUUUUUCUGAUUUUAUGUUGUGAUUUAUGCUUUUGAAGUUUUCAAAGUUUUGUAAGUCACUUGCAGAUUCCUUAUGUGGCGAGUGAAUAAUACAUCGGAGGAGGAGGAGGAGGAAGGAGGAGGAGAAAAAGAAGAGGGGGAAGAAUAAGAAGAGGAGGAGGAGAAGGAAGAGAAAGGAGGGGGGGAAGAGGAGAAGAAAAAGGGAGAGAAGAAAAAGGAGAAGAAAAAGGAGGAGGAGAGGAAGGGGAAGGAAGAAGAGAAGAGGAAGAAAAAAGAGGAGGCAAUAAUAAUAAUAAUCCAGUGAUUGUUAUAUAAAGAGCCGAAAUAUAUAAAUACAAAGUGUCAAGGACCUCCCUGCCAUAAGCGACAGAGAAAGCUCUGAAGAAGGAAGAGGUCUGGAUGGGGGGAGGACACCCUCCUCAAGCUCUUUUGCCUAACUGGAACAUGUCAUCGAAAUGCGAAAAUGGCUCUUGCUCAUCUGGUUGCAGGGUGUGUGAAUGCAGAAAGAACUCCUGGCCUUUGGCAAGACUAAAAUGUAAUUUACUGUCCAAAGAUAAGAGUUCCAGCUGUUCCUUAACCUGCUUUAUAUUCUGGCCUGGCCCAGAAGACAUUUAUUAGGAGCAAUUAUAACCCACUUUUCACUGGAUGUUUUCAACUCCAGAGGAGGAACAGAACACCCACCCACCCACACACACACCAAGGUCCAUUAGAAAGGCCAAAUAACAAACCACAGCUCUAUUAACAUGGUUCAGUCAGUCUUCACCUCAUCCAGACUCUCACCUUGAGCAGCAUGAAUUGCAGCCCACAAGCAUCCACUGCACAAACCUCCCUCCCUUUUCUAUACUAGCAACAGAUAACACCAAAAGGCGAAAGAGAAAGAGGAUGGGAAUAAGCCUGUUAUGGCCUGGGAAUCUGAUUCAGAGGCUGAACCGGAGGAAUCCCAGCCUGCACAGGAGUCCCCGCCUCCAGGGGAGGCGGGGCAGGGGCUUGAAUCUGAAGGGCCUGCACCUGUGCCGAAUCCUCAGGAGCAGACACCAGAUGAAUCCACUCUGGCUCCGGAGGUGAUUGAGGACCCAUUGCCUGCAGGUGCUCCUCUCCCAGCUCUGUCAGGAGAAGGUGAGGCUGCCUCUGGGUCCAGUAACCCUCCAGCCUCUCCUGAGCUGCAGAGGCUCAGGGCAGAGAGGCAGAGGGAACUAGGUUCUCUCAGGAGGAGUGCUCGCCUUAAGGCCAGGAGAGGCGAGUCACCUGUGGGCCGGGACCGCCCUAGGCCCCAGAGGAGAUAAAGGCCAGUCAGCCCAGUCCCAGGUUGCGGGAGCAAUGACGUUGGAAACCUGUUUCUGCCAGCACCCAGACCUGUUUUUCCAGAGUUCCCGACCACGCCCGGCUUCUUGCUUUGGACCCUGUUUCCCCCUUGGUGGACAGUCUCCAGACCCUCAGCCCAGGACCAGACUCUGACCACGCCUCACGGUAACCCCCCCCCCCCGGGACCAGCACAAAGCCACAGCUCAUAUCUGGCUGCAUCCUGAUGUUGGGAAAGAUGGAGGGCACAAGGAGAAAGGGACGACAGAGGACGAGAUGGUUGGACAGUGUUCUUGAAGCUACCAGCAUGAGUUUGACCAAAGUGCGGGAGGCAAUGGAAGACAGAAGUGCCUGGUGUGCUCUGGUCCGUGGGGUCACGAAGAGUCGGACACGACUAAACGACUAAACAACAACAACAGUGCAUCCAGCACUAACUUGUUUGGUUAGCUGUGUAUACAAAUUCCGCACCUAUCCUGCAGUUUCUUGUGAAACACUGCGCUUUGAUGCAUUCUUCCACUCCCUCUCAAAAAAACCCCUACCACAAUUUGGUUCUAAAUUAGGGUGAAGAAAAAGUGAGCCCUCUGGUGUGGACAUAAAGCAGGUGACUUAGGCUCUGUUCACACUCCCGUUUAAUGUCCACUCACUGUGUUUCCAGUGUGGGGGGAGUGUUAAUUCAUGUUCACACAACAUCAUUCCAAUUGCAUAUGUAUCCCGUACUUUGUUAUGGCCAGGGCUGUCUUAAGCAUAUGCGGCGCCGGGGUGUAAAAAUCCACCCAUUGCCCCCCCCCGGUUGCCCAGUCCCAGGUGCACAGGAGAGUGGAGCCGGCCAGCCGCCUCAGCUUCUUGCUGGCUCGGUUGCCCCCAAACUCGUGGUGCAGAUCCGCCCACAGCAGAAGAGCCCACUGCGGCACUCCGACCGGUGGGCGGGCUCUUCCCAGCCUGGUGCCCCUGAGAGCCCAGAGCCCGGGUGCCCUGCACCCCUAGCACCUAUGGGUAAGACGGCCUUGGUUAUGACAUCCUGCUGUUGUAUGCAUUGCUUCCCAAACUAGCACCAAUUGCAGUCCUUGAGUCAGUGGUUUUCAACCAAUGUGCCAUGGCACCCUCGGGUGCCUUGAAUGAUGGUCGGGGUGCUGCUGGCAACAUCGGCCUCUGUCCCUCUUUCCUUCCCUCCCUCCUCUUGCAGGUCUGCCUCCCAAAGGCUUGUGCAGCUGUUUGUUGCAGCAGCCCUGGCUGCAAGCUCCCCAGGAGAAUGGUGCCUCUGGGGCUGGCCAGGGGGUGCUGGUUGCCAGGAGCCGAGGCUGUCUUGGAGUAAGCAAGCAAGUGGGUGAGAGAGCCCAGCCAGCCGGUCCGCCAGCCCUUGCUGUUGGGAAUGGACAGACAAGUGGGAGGCCAGGCAAGCAGAUGCCACGCUGGCCUUUUGUGUGCUUGCUGUGGGAGCUGAGUGCCCGGUGCUGAAGGGGAGCCUUUCCACUUUGCAGGCCUGGCAAUGCCCACUGCUGCCGCUGCCGCCUCCCAAGGUAAAAUGCUGGCCUCACGUCUACCUUUGGCCAGUCUCUGUUGAGCCACUAAGGCUGGGGGCAUCCUCUUCACAGCCCCCUGUGGGGUGGUGUGAGAAGGCACUUCUCUUUGGGGUGGGGGCCAGCUCAGAGACCGGGGCAGCAGUGGUGACUGCCCAGAGGACUCCCAAGAAGAGGACAGAGGAGAGGAAGCUGAGGGAACCCUCUACAAGGGAGUGUAUCUGAAAAGGGGUGAGGGACUACCGGCCCUGCAGGCAAGGGGUGACAUAACUGGGCUCCUGAGCCCCACAGGGGAGCUGCAGUUGGAUUUAGAAAAGUUCAAAACCUCUGCCUUAAGCCAUUCCUUGUUCAUCUCUAGCUAUAGUACAGUGGUACCUCUGGUUAAGAACUUAAUUCGUUCCGCAGGUCCUGUUCUUAACCUGAGGUACCACUUUAGCUAAUGGGGCCUCCUGCUGACGCCACGCGAUUUCUGUUCUCAUCCUGAGGUAAAGUUCUUAACCCGAGGUACUAUUUCUGGGUUAGCGGAUUCUGUAACCUGAAGCGUAUGUCACCCGAAGCGUCUGCAAUCUGAAUCGUCUGUAACCUGAGGUACCACUAUUAGGACAUAUUUGCAUAGUGGGGAAGAAAUCCCCAUUAAUGCCUCCUGGUGUGUAGGCCGAAAGAAAUGAAUCUGACACUAAUGAAGCCAUGCUGAUGUGAACAGCUGGUGGGGGGGGAGCUGUGAAAUGCACCAUUACUGUGAAUAUGCCCUUGUAUACACAUCAAACUGUGCUGAUGUGUACAACAAGGCGCCAAUGUGGUUUGAAAUGCAGCAAAGAAAGAAAGAGAGAACCUCCUUGCUGCAAUUUUAGGUUGGUAUUGAGUAGACUUCCUUCCCUUCUUCCCAGUUCUCACAAGACUUACGAACUUUGAGGCCAGUAGGGAUACAAGCAGUGGCGAUUUGCUGGCUUCCCGCAAUGCUGUGCUGCGUAUUGGCUAAGCCAAAUGGCGUUCAGCCUCAGGAGAGCAGAGGCCUAUGGCAAUGCUCCUUCAAUUGUCAAGGCUGAAGAUCUGUCAUAAGUCACACAUCAUUUUCUCCUCUUCCUAGAUCUCACCAAGUAAUCUGUUGACAACCAACUGUAGAUCAGCUUCCGAUUCAAAGCAGAGAAUUAAGGUAAGAUAGAGCCUUCCUUUGAUGCCUCCUCAAUCCUAGUGAUUUUUAGACUCAGCCAUCUGGGGAUAAACAAACAAACAAACAAACAAACAAACAAACAAACAAUAAAUGUAGAUCUAUCUCCUGAGUCAAUGUUUCUUUUUAUUUUAAAAAAUGUUCAGGGUUAACCUAUUACAGUAUUUGUAAGAAUGGAUUCCAAAUAUCAUUGAAUUUCUCCAUGGCAAGUCUGCGUUUAUAUGCAAGUUGUUUGUAUAUUUUGAGUUUGUAUAAGUCUUCAGUCCAAUCAUAGAAGGGAGACGCAUUUUUAUUUUUUCCAAUUCAUCAGUAUCAGUCUUUUUGCUGUGGAAAGGGCACAGAGAGUCCACUCAUAUUGUCCUUUUGUAAGGUUCCAUGUGCUGGGAAUAUAAUUCAAAAGGAUAUUUUGCUCUGUAAAUGUAAAGUCGUUCCUUGCAGUUCUGUUGAUAGUUUCAGUUACCCUCUACCAAAAAUAUUUCAAUAUAGGACAAUGGAAAAAAACCACACAUGUGUUUUAGAGAAGCAUUAUCCCUGUUGCAUCUCCAACAGUUAGAUGCCUUAGAUAGCUCUUUUUUAAACAAACAUGACGGGGUCAAGUAUAUUCUAAGAUCCGGUGGACUACAAUAACAACCUUGUAAAGUAUACAGCUUUGGGUCCCCUUCCCCUCUUUAUUUUCCUUUCUACACAGGUUCUGUUUCUCUUUUUCUUUCUCUGUCUUUUAUUUACGUCUCACCAUGUUUAGUGGCGGGUGGCGCUGUGGUCUAAACCACUGAGCCUACUUGGAAGUAACAAAUAGGUCUAGGGGUAGAAUAAGGAUAUGUGGUAGUAAACAUUAAGGAUUAGAAGAUUAAUAAAGGAGAAGAGAUAAGUAAAUGAAAGGAGUUAAUAUUAUUAGAAAUAUGAACUUGGAGAAUUGUUAUAAAUGUGAUAUAAUGAAAUUCAGUUAGAGGGAUUCGAGGAAGUCAGCUAUCAAUGUUAUGAAAAUUAGGUAUUAGAAGAAAUAAUUUAUUUUUAUGUUUAAUUUUAUUGUAUUGUAAUGUGUUUUUCUUUGUUGUGUGUUUUGUGUUUCUUUGUUAUGUCAUUUUGUGAUAAAUGUGGAAAAUCAAUAAAAAAAAUUGGAAAGAAAAUAAACCAGUGAGCCUAGGGCUUGCCAAUCGGAAGGUCGGUGGUUCGAAUCCCUGCGAUGGGUUGAGCUCCCGCUGCUCAGUCCCUGCUCCUGCCAACCUAGCAGUUCGAAAGCACAUCAAAGUGCAAGUAGAUAAAUAGGUACUGCUCCAGCAGGAAGGUAAACGGCGUUUACGUGCGCUGCUCUGGUUCGCCAGAAGCGGCUUAGUCAUGCUGGCCACAUGACCCGGAAGCUGUCUGUGGACAAACGCCGGCUCCCUCGUCCUAUAGAGCGAGAUGAGCGCCGCAACCCCAGAGUUGUUCGUGACUGGACCUAACGGUCAGGGGUCCCUUUCCCUUUCCCUUUAUGUUUAGUGUACAUAUAAUUAUGUACUUUUUGAACUUUCAAUAAAGAAAAAUAAACAAUUGAAAAAAUUGUUCAGGGUUGAAGUGGGGGCAGUCACAUAGCUGGGGGGGGCGGGGUGCACUGGGCGGCACUUACCUUGGGGGCAGCAUGCUGGAGCCCAAGGUGACACCCAAGUCAAGGCACUUCAGAGCACGGCAUCCCACUCCCCAAAGUAGCCCGGCCUGGGGCUGUGCUUGCAGGGCGCUGAGCUGCUGGGUCCCCCACCACCCCAUGCCAGAGGGCAGCUGAGAAGGGCGCAACUGGCAUGUGUUGACCCUGCGAGUGGCACUGGGCCUGCAGUGAGCCUGAGCCACGGUGUCUCUGCUGGGAGGGAUGAAGUGGCUCCCCACCCAAAAAAGCAACAUGGGGCUGGCCUCUGCCCACUGCCUCCCCCUCAGCCACCCUCAGUCAAUAUUGAAAUCUUCAUGGUGCUGAAAUUCAUUAAAAAAUAUUUUUUAAAAAAGAUUGCUGCCCUGGAGGAUGACCAUAUGAAUUCUGGGGGUGGGGGAGAAAACAAUGGUCUUGACCUUUAAAGCCCUUUGUGGCUUAGGGCCCUCGUAUCUACGGGACCGCCUCUCCUGGUAUGCCCCGCAGAGGACCGUAAGGUCCAUGAAUAACCAUAGUUUAGAGGUCCCGGGCCCUAAGGAAGUCAGACCAUCCUCCACCAGGGCCAGGGCCUUCUCAGUGAUGGCUCCGACCUGGUGGAAUGCUCUGUCCCAUGAAACCAGGGCCCUUCAGGAUUUAACCUCCUUCCGUCGGGCCUGUAAGACAGACCUAUUCCACCUGGCCUUUAAUUUGAAUUCAGCCUGAACUUUUAUUUCCCUUCUCUUCCCUCCCCCUCCCCUUUUAUGAAGAUCACCCGCUCUGAGACCCCACAGCUAAUUCUCCCCUGGUCUCCUCGCUGGCCCAAGUAGGACUGAAGGGAGGGUUUCCCCAAACCUGACUGUGAAGUCACCCCACCUAGGCCUCAAAACUUCAACUAGGCCUCAAGACUUCCCAAUUACUUUCUUUGAGGAUUCAGUAGCUAAAAAGCAUUUGCUAUGCUGUAACAAAAAGAAGCUGAGAGAACGAAGCUUUCUGUUUCCCAGGCUUUCAGUUGGUCUUGCCAGCAGCAUAUCCAACUUUGCAACCUUCUCAGCGCUGGCGCACAGACCCCGGGAAUGGCGCCAGGAGAACCAGAUAGAAACAAUUCUAUUCAUCAUAAAUGGAGAUUGUUUCUGCCAACAUACCUGUGCAAACUCGUGAGGCUGGAUCCCUGGGAAAGGGGAGGGAAGGAAAAGGGCCUGAAAAAAGGGAUAUAAACUGAAUGUAAAAUGCUUUCAGGUGAACUUGCUUGUGAACACAGGUUCCUUUCUGCUACUCCGGCUAGCAGGAAUAAAGACUCUUUCUCUGAAUUAAGCCCUCGUUGUCUGUUUGACUCCUUCCUCCCUUCCCCGGGAGCAAUGCUCAUCCUACCCAUGGGAAAGGCCUGAAAGGCUACAGGACCAAUUCAGCCAGCUAACCCUGGGGAUUAUCUAAUUGAUUUUUGAUUUUUGAAUUUCAUUGUUAUUCAUGUUUUUAUACUGUAUUUUAUGCUGCUUUUAUAAUUAAGUGUUUUAAAUUUGUUGUUAGCCACCCUGAGCCCGGUUUUUGAACCAGGAAGGGCGGGGUAUAAAUAAAAAAUUAUUAUUAUUAUUAUUAUUAUUAUUAUUAUUAUUAUUAUUAAUGGGACAAGGUGGGAGGGAGGGAGGGGCAAAAGAUAAAUGUCAGCAUAAUUCAGGCUGACAAGUAUUCUUUGCAGAAUAAACACAACAACAAAAACCUUUGUCUAUUUUACAAAAAAUGUUGGUUAACUCCUGCUCUUCUUAAUAUAAUUGCGGGGGGUGGGGUUGAUGUUUUUCAGCCCAAAGGCCGUAUUAUUCCCUUCCGGGCAAACGUUUGAUGUAGGCCAGGCCAAACGCGGGAAGAUCAGCGAGUGCUAAUUUUUACCUUUGUAUGCUGGGCUCAUUUCUACACAUAUCUGUGAACCACUCUCUGUCCCCCAACUCAGGCAGGUGAAAAGCAGAAUCAGAGUUCAAGGACUCAUUCAAGGACCAGGGAAAAGCAUUCAGGGAAGGGUGCGAAGCAGGCUAAGGUGUGUGGCCUGGGGACAGUGGAUGUGGCUGAGGAGGGAGUGUGGCUUGAGAGAGUCCCAAAGGCCAGAGAUAGAUAGAUAGAUAGAUAGAUAGAUAGAUAGAUAGAUAGAUAGAUAGAUGAGCGAGAGAGAGAGACAGGGGGGUACAGUAUAUUUACAUAGGAACACAGGAAGUAGCCUUACAGUGAGUCAGAGUACUGGUCAACUCACUGGUCAACUGUCACGGACUGUUAGGUCACAGUGGAUUGUUGGGUGGCACCAACUGAGUGGUCAGAGGGAGAAGAGGGAGCAGAUUGGGAGGGAGGAGGUGUCAGAAGCUGAAGAAGAGGCAACAGGGCUUAGUGAGCAGGAAGAGUCUGUGGUAGAGAGGAGUCCAGAAUCAGAGGCAGAAGUGGAAGCAGGAGAGUGGGAUGAGGGUGGCCAAGAGGCAGAGAUGAGCCAGGCUGGUGAAGAAGCACUGGGGAGAUCUAUCCCUCCUGCUGUUGUGGUAGCGGCCCAAAGGGCCACAAUAAAUGUGAUAAUGUGGACCCCUGUAAAUCCUUGAGUGUGCUUCUAAUAGAGAAUGGGCAUAAAUCUGACAUCAGGAAUCACAAGACAGAGAAACCAUUAGGAGAACACUUCAAUCUCCCCAGGACAUUCUAUACAAGAUCUCAAAGUAGCUGUCUUAUUACAAAAGAAUUUCAGAAACAGACUGGAAAGAGAAGUUGCUGAAUUGCAACUUAUUACCAAACUUAAAACCAUGGAGAGACCUGGUCUGAAUAGAGACAUUGGAUUCUUACCUCAUUAGACACGAUAAAGCUAUUUUUAGUCAUCUCACCCUUUGCUUUUUCCUGUAAGACCAAUUGCAGUCCUUAACAGUCGUCAACAGGUUUACCACACCUAUCAGCCAAUCACCCAUUCCCACCUCCCUUCUGAGUAAUACCCCUCCCCACCCUCUCACUAUAUGUAAGGGUCUGGUGACUUCUGUUUCAGUGUAUCUGAAGAAGUGUGCAUGCACACGAAAGCUCAUACCAAUAACAAACUUAGUUGGUCUCUAAGGUGCUCCUGGAAGGAGUUUUUUUUAAUUUUGUUUCGACUACGGCAGACCAACACGGCUACCUACCUCUAGCAGCCCGUUCACAGCAGAAGUCCAUGGUCCUUUCUCCAGGAUGGUGUGUGUCUAAUUUACCCUGCAGGCCUUGUUUGUUGGAAAGUCUGUUUACCCAGGUCAAAUGGAGAGCAAAGGUUGGAGAGAUUAAAUCGAGAUAUGGAAAUAUGGAAACAUCGAUGAGAGGCAGGACUGAGAUCUGGAUAUGCUUUGAGGUUCAGACUGUGGGAAGUCGUAAAAUCAAAAUUACAAUUUGGAAGACAAUUUGAUCUUUUUUAUUUUUAUUGGAUUAUGAUUUGAAAUGUUAAUUGGAUGUUUUUUAUUGGAAAAUCAAUAAACGCUCUAACAACAAAAAAAAAAGGAGAGCAAAGGAACCAACAAGGGGGGUGAUAGGUACCUUUUCAUUUCUAGAAAAGCUUGAAUCAUGCAUUUAAGUGUCCUUUAAUUAAUUUUUUUUUAAUUGUCCCGGUGCAGGGAUCUGAACGAGGAUGACUGCAUUUGAUGGAAUCCCAACCUCUCUCUCAGCGGACCUCUUUUUCCGGAACAUGCUGUUGGCCAAGACCAAGGAAGAACCCAACAGCAAAAUGUUCUCCUGUUUCAGCUGCGCCCUGGAGAACCUCCAGAGGGAGCCACCAUGUGUGAGAAGCAAUGCCCAUCUCACCGUUUCUGAUGGGCGCAAUCUGAUGGAGUUCACCUCGGGCGACGGUUCGUGCGCAGUCACAGUCUUCCACAAUCAAGGCAAAGUGCACUACAAUGUCUUGGUACCCAACUGGGACCUCUACUUUGCUCGUCUCUGCUCUAAUCCGCAGCCUCUCAGCCUUAGUAAUAUCCUUAGCAUCCGUGGUCAUCUACAUAACUGGGGUUCCUUUAGGAAAGGGUUUUCUCCUUUGGCCUGCUUUGACCUAGCAGUGGAAAAAUUCUGCAUGGAACCCGAUACCAUCCAGAAGGAUGCUGAGAUGUUGGUGGAAUGUGGUGGGCGGGUGGUGAGGUUCGUCUCCGGCCAGGAAACCUAUAAGAUUUCGGUCUUCUUUAAACAAGGCGAGGCCAAAUAUGAAGUCCACGUAGACAACUGGGAUGUGGUCAUGGAGCGUUUGCAGACUGGGGUGGAGGCGCUAAGCUUGGAGAACUUGUUGCGUGUGAAGAACAGGCUGAAACUCCAGAAAUGGCGGGAGCUAAGGUCUUGCCUGGAUGAAGCCGUUAGUCGGUUCUCCCAGGAACCCCGUUGCGUUCAGGAUAAUGCCAAAAUGUUGAUUACGACCAGUAAUGAGAAAGUUGUGCUGAUCUCUGGCAAAGGGGAGAACCUCAUCACAGUGACAUAUGGGUAUGGAAGGGUUGACUACAAGUUGGUAGAACGAGGCUGGUGGGAGGUGGCUGCCAGGGUCCUCCAAAAGAAAGAGACACAUACAACAGAACGUAUUUGAAAGACCGGCUCCACCAAACGCUUCCUAAAAAUAAAAAUAUGGAAGGCUGCAUCAAGGUGGUAAGCUUUGCCACUGACUUGGGUGUAUUUGUUAGCAUGAAUGUGGAAAAACUGCAGGCAUAUCACUUUACAGUUGUACCUUGGUUUUCAAACGCCUUGGGAGUCAAAUGUUUUGGCUCCCAAACGAUCAAAAACUGGAAGUGAUUAUUCCGGUUUUCGAAAGUUCUUUGGAACCCGAACAUCUGACGUGACUUCCGCAGCUUCCGAUUGGCUGCAGGAGCUUCCUGCAGCCAAUCGGAAGCCGCACCUCGGUUUCCGAACAUUUUGGAAGUCGAACGGGCUUCCGGAAUGGAUUCCGUUUGGCUUCCAAGGUACCACUGUAUAUAUAAGGCAGAGUUCCUCCAAGACCAGAAAGAGGGGAAGUUGGGCUGCCCUCAUGGUCUCCAACCUCUCAUAGGCCCUUGUGACGGGCAGGUGGAACAACCCACCUGUCAGUCACCCAAUGCCAUUAUGAUAUCACGUGGCAACUUCAAAAGGGCUCACUGAAAGUGAUGGAGAACGCCAGUGGGGAACUCCUUACUGUGGCCAAUCGCAGUGGGGCUUGCUGGCAGUGCCGAUCAGCUGAUCAGUGCCGUAAGCGAGCCCCACCUUCAAAGGAACAUUCGAGAUCUUGUUUUCAGCACUCUUUUAUUCAUUUGCAGCAGUGUCUGAGCAUGCACACACACGCAUGCAUGCACAAGCCUCUUGUCAAGCGUACUUCCCAGCCAAAGGAACCCACACGUCAGUUAUCGUUUAUUGUGAACACAGUUGCUUCUGCAUCCCUAUAUACCUGCACACAGCAAUCUAGCGUCUAGGCAGCUCUUCCCAGGUCUGCACUCUAUGGAGCAGUUGCAGCAACAGGGGGCCACUCCCUUCCAUCAGUUUAUGCGCCUACAUGCAGCUGGAGACUGCGCCUGCGUGGCAACGUCUGUGGGAUGUAACAUGUAGCAGUCAAGUACAACAUUUCCCUGUUUGCCCAGAGUGGACACACAGGGGAAUGUUACUCCAUCCAGGAGGACUUCCUGUCACACUUGUCUGGAGCAUCCUGCCCCUGCAUGUGACCCUGGGAGACCCCAUAAAAGUCUGGUCACUCAGCCACCUUCCCUUCUUCUUGACCUUCUUUCUUUCUCUUGAUGCUGUUCUCUGGAUGUCUUUUGCUGUCUGCUGGUUCUCAGCCAGCAGCACAUGGGCUCAAACCCCAUAUGGGGUGCACCCACACUCUCUUCUGUAACUAUAAGCUAAAGCCUGUCUUCAGGGCUCAUACUGUGAACUGGAUGUCAGUAAUCCUUAUCAUUCCUUAUAAAGUAGACUGUUGUGUCUUUAUUCUUUUUGUUGUUGCUGUUUAGUCGUUUAGCCAUGUCCGACUCUUCGUGACCCCAUGGACCAGAGCACGCCAGACACUCCUGUCUUCCACUGCCUCCCGCAGUUUGGUCAAACUCAUGCUGGUAACUUUGAGAACAUUGUCCAACCAUCUCGUCCUCUGUUGUCCCCUUCUCCUCGUGCCCUCCAUCUUUCCCAACAUCAGGGUCUUUUCCAGGGAGUCUUUUCUUCUCAUGAGGUGGCCAAAGUAUUGGAGCCUCAGCUUCAGGAUCUGUCCUUCCAGUGAGCACUCAGGGCUGAUUUCCUUAAGAAUGGAUAGAUUUGAUCUUCUUGCAGUCCAUGGGACUCUCAAGAGUCUCCUCCAGCACCAUAAUUCAAAGCAUCAGUUCUUCGGCGAUCAGCCUUCUUUAUGGUCCAGCUCUCACUUCCAUACAUCACUACUUAUUCUUUUUAGGAGGGAACAAAGGGGAUUUACCAGGAACAAAUCCAAUCUGGACAAGCCAGACUGGAUUGCUUAACUCAAGAGAUUCAAAUGAAUCUACCAACGAGCUUCCUGCGAUGUACAGGGAAUGUGCUCUGCUACUAACUCACUAGUAGCAAUAUAGCCUCUCCUACUAUCCGCAACAUGCCCACAACGUCCUCUGCUCAUCCCCUUUCAACCACCUCUUGGUUCUGGGACACAGUGGCUCAGGAGAGGGGAGGGAAGCACUUGACCCUCCGCUUGCCUGACCCGCUUCUUCCUCUUCUUCCUCAGACCCAUUCUGUGCUCCACCCUCCAUCUCUGAAGCUUCCCACAAAUCACCAACCCCCUCUUCCAAGUCAAAGUCCCGCCCCCUUCCCCCAGUGGACAGUCAUCAGCAUCCUGUCAGUCCCUGACGCCUCUCAAUUCCCCAUCCAGGAAAGCAAUAAGCCUUGUCCAAGUUCAAGGGCACAUUCCAGCAAGGCAGAAACACCCAAAAGAGUUUGCAAUGGAAGGUUGGUCAGGCGCUAUGCCUGGGGAGAGGAGGGCUGGCUGGGCAGUGGGUGUGACCUGAUGAGAGUCCCAAGGGCCAGCUAAAGAGGUCUGGGGGCCCAUAUUUCCAUAGUUGUCCACUUACAGAUUUGAAAAUAAGGGACCAGCAGCCUCGAAAAUAAGGGAUCAGCAGCCAAAAUAAGGGAUUUUCCGAGCACAGGUAUGUUCAACUUCUGAGCCCCUCCGAGCCAAAGGCAGAAAGCCCAGCCAGCAGCCAAACGAAGCCUCAAGCAGUGGUUCCCACAGCACAGCAACCCGGCAAAGGGGAUGCAGCAAGGAAAACCACCGUCACCUCUCCGCUGGGAAGCGCUGAGCAAAGGCGAGUCCCCAGGCAACACGGCCGAUUUGAUUGGCACAAGGCAUGCAAGCUCCACCCCCCAGUCGUUCUUAGACUCCUUAUUGGGUGAGCAACGCAGCCAAGCAACACAGUUGGAGCCUCCCUCCUCCCUGGCUGGCAGGGAGGGAGGGAGAGGAGCUGAUUCCUUUGAAAACCUGGAAAUUUAAGGGACAUCAUCAAUAAGGGACAGCAGUGGGACACAGUGCUGGGAUAAGGGACUUUCCCGCCAAAUAAGGGACGGUUGACAGCUAUGCAUAUUUCACCCCCAGACCUGUGGCUCUCAAUCCAUUGUCUACUCUUGGGCACGUGGUUUUUCCUGUGAAAAAGCUUUUGGGAAUGUAAUUCCCCCUGCCUGCCUUGGGAAAGUGGUUCAAACUAGUGCUGUUUGUGGAACCUGAUCUUUUCAAAUCCUGAUGUGAAUCGACCAGGGGCAUACGCACCCCCUGGACCCAAAUGUGUAUAGGAGCCUGAUUAUCUGUAUCCAAUUUCACUUUCCAAAUCUCCAGGUGCUGUUUCUUGGUUCAAAAAUUGUAUUCAAUAUGGUUUAGAAAUGCAUAUAUUGAAAGGCACGUACAUUUUCUAGGAAAUGCAUAUCGCAAUACUGAUUAAAUACAAAUUUCUAUU